GAAGAGAGGGGGCAAGAAGGAAAAAAAAAAACUCCAAAAAGAAACAUAAAAAGGAACUUAACAAAGUGAAGAGCCGAACUGCAGAUUUUUUGGGGGGUUUUUUUUGUUUUUUUUUUUCCUCUGAAGACAGGAGACUGGAGCCCUCACUUGCAAGACACUGUGACUUUUAUUUGUUGUUUUGUUUUAAAUUAUUGCAAAAGCUUCAUCAACAGUUUACUAAGCUCUCAAGAUGUCUACAGCAUUGAUUUCUCCUACAAUCUUUGACCUAAGCGAUGUUUUAUGCAAGAGCAACAAAAUGUUGAACUAUAACAACAACAUAAUCAACCCAUCGACCACCAGUGUCCCUUUAAUGGACAGAAAAGCAGUUGGAACACCAGCAAUUGUAGGAUUUCCAAGGAGACACUCUGUUACAUUGCCUAAUGCCAAGUUUAAUCAAAACCAGUUCCUAAACAGCCUCAAAAUGGAACCUUCCACUGCCAUGGGUAAUAAGGAAAACAAGUUUCGGGAUCGCUCAUUCUCUGAAAAUGGGGAGAGGCUUCUCCAAAAGCCUGGUGGUCAGGUCAACUCCAGCAGGUACAAGACAGAGUUGUGCCGUCCUUUUGAGGAGAAUGGAUCCUGCAAGUACGGUGACAAGUGCCAGUUUGCCCAUGGCAUCCAUGAGCUGAGAAGCCUGACCAGACACCCAAAGUACAAGACCGAGCUGUGCCGCACUUUCCACACCAUUGGGUUUUGCCCCUAUGGACCACGGUGCCACUUCAUCCACAAUGCUGAAGAACGUCGCUUGGUGUCAGGACGUGACCAAGCUCAGUUCUCUCUGUCAUCUUCCUCUAAGAUGGAGAGACCUAGGCUUCAGCACAGCUUUAGUUUUGCUGGCUUCCCCACUACCAAUGGGCUGCUGGACAGCCCAACUUCAAUCACCCCUCCACCUAUUCUUAGCACUGAUGACCUGAUAAACUCUCCAACCUUGCCAGACUGUUCCAGCAACCCUUUCACAUUCUCCAGCCAGGAGCUGGCCAGCUUGUUUGCUCCAAGCAUGGGAAUGCAGUUGCCUCUGAGCAACUCUAAUGCCGCUGGAUCCCCAACGUCCUUUCUCUUUCGCCCCAUGUCAGAGUCCCCGCAAAUGUUUGAUUCUCCCCCAAGUCCUCAAGAUUCAUUAUCUGACCAAGAAGGCUACCUGAGCAGUUCCAGCAGUGGCUCAGACUCCCCUACCCUUGACACCACUAAACGUCUUCCUAUCUUUAGCAGACUUUCUGUCUCUGAUGAUUAAGCCAGUGGCCAGCUGUGCUCUUAACCCACCUUCCUAGCACAACUGAAACAUGAACUGAUCUCAAGAAAAGGGGAUUGAAGUUUCACCAAUGUCUCGCCCUGAAUUGUCUUUGGUUCAACCACAGUGCCAAAAAAAGUUUACAAGAAUGAAUAGUGCCUUUUUUUCCACAAAUAUCCCAAUAUUUGCUGUCUUAAGAGGGCAUCACACUGUUCUUCGUGAGCAGCAUAAGUUCAUCAAAAGAUGCCACCUCCCUCUAGUGGCCCCUGCUCUUCCAGUCAUUCCUAAAGUGCAUUUUCCUCUUGCCAUUUAUUUGGCAUCUGCUGGUUUAAUGGCACCAAGACAAAGUUAGAACAUCUAUUGCCUAUUAACAAUCUUCCGUAGCCUUUAGAAUGUACAAACCAAGGACAGAUCUAAGAUUUGUGAUGGGACAAGAAUGUGGAGAGAUGCAUAAGAGCCAGAAGGGCUUUAAAAACAGACUUUUUUUUUUUAUAGAUUUUGGUGCUACUCAGACCCUUCCAAACAUGAGAUUGUUGUGUAGAGGGUGGAUUUAUUGUAUUCAUUCCAUAAGGAAAAAACCCCUUUCAUUGUAAACCUUAGGUUGACAUACAGUAGCUUUAAUGGUUAUGCUCUAGAGUACUUGUUUUAGGCUUUCCUUAGAGCACUCACGCCAACUUUUGUUUUUGUUUCUUGUUUUUUUUUUCUGGGUUUUUAAUUUUUUUGUAUAACUCAAAACAAAAUUGGAGAGCAAAAUUUUUGCUUGUCACUGCACAACAAUAUAAAAAAAAAAGCUUAUUUAACUUAUCAAAAAAACGUAUUUAUUGCCGAACAAUAUUCAUUUUUUGUGUCAUAUUUAUCAGGAUGAUGAAUCCAUAGAAUAUAUUCUUUUAUGUUUAAAUUAUGAUCUUCCAUAUUAAUCUUAAGAUUGUGAAGCCUUCCCUUCCCCCACCCCUUUUUUUUUUCCACAGUUUAAUAUAUUAUACUACAAUGACAUUUUUUUGUUUUGUAACUUUACACCUUUUUUUUUCUUUUGGUUUAUUUUAAGGAAAAAAAGACUAAAAAAAGGAAAAUUAAUUUAAAAAGAAUGCAAAAACUUUUGUGUUGCAUUAUUUAUUUUAGACCCCUCCCCCCUCCAUUUUGUUUAGACUGCAAAUUGAGUUUAAUCUGGUUACUGCCUUUUAUGUGUGUAUGUAAAUAUAUAUAUAUAUAUUUCUCUUGGCCCUCUUUCAUACUUUUGUUUCUGGGCUAUAGCAGAUAGGCACAUUAUACUGUAAGACAGUAUAGUUUAAUAUUUUUGAUCUAUUUUUGUAUAGCUUUGAAAGUACAAGGUAAAUGGAUCCUGUACAAGAGUGCCUUUGUUUUCUAAAGACAUUCCAAACUGCAGUAUAUUGUCUUAUUCUAGGAGCUGAGUUUUCCCUGUUUAAAGUGAAUGAAACUGGCACUAAAUAAAUGAAUGUAAUUUUUGUCCUUUUUUUUUGUAUGUUUUUUUUUUUUUUUCCUUUUCUGUUGUCGUUCACAAUUGUGUGAAUUUAUUAAAAAGGAAAAAAAAAAGCUUUUUUUGUAACGACUGUUUGCAGUUUAAAUCCAAUAAAGCCCCAAUUGUUUUUCAAAGAAA